AUGUUCACCAAGAAGAGCCUCUUCGCGUUCGUCAGCUGCCUGGCCGUCGCCGCAGCUGAGACUUCCACCGUCGAGUACCCUACUGCCGCUGAGAUCGCCGCUGCUAAGGCCUCGGUCCUGCCUUACUCGCCCGUCUCCAAUGUCAAGGGUCUUGCUUUCGACCGUUUCGUCGAUAUCUGGAUUGAGAACACUGACUUUGCCACUUCUGCCUCGGACAAGAACUUCGAGGCCCUCGCCAAGGAGGGUAUCCUCUUGACCAACUACUUCGCUGUCACUCACCCCUCCGAGCCUAACUACUGCGCCUCCGCUGGUGGUGAUGACUUCGGCAUGGACAACGAUGACUGGCAUCAGAUCCCCGCCAACGUCUCCACCAUUGCCGACCUGUUCGACACCAAGGGCGUUGCCUGGGGCGAGUACCAGGAGGGUCUGCCCUACGCUGGAUACCAAGGCUUCCGCUACCCGGAAUCCGGCGCCAACGACUACGUCCGCAAGCACAACCCGCUCAUCCUCUUCGACUCAGUCACCAACGACGCCGUGCGCCCCCGCCAAAUCAAAAACUUCACCACCUUCUACGAAGACCUCGAGCACCACCGCCUGCCCCAGCACAUGUUCAUCACCCCGAACAUGACCAACGACGCCCACGACACCAACAUCACUUUUGCCGGGGAGUGGCUCAACCGCUUCAUGACCCCCCUCCUCAAGAACGACUACUUCACCAAGGACACCCUCAUCCUGGUCACCUUCGACGAAACCGCCUCCUACAAGCAGGAGAACCGCGUCUACAGCAUUCUCCUCGGCGGCGCUGUCCCUAAGCACCUCCGCGGUACUACCGAUGACACUUUCUACACGCAUUACUCUGUUAUCGCCUCUCUGAGCGCGAACUGGGGUCUUCCUUCUCUGGGACGUUGGGAUUGUGGUGCUAACCUGCUUAACCUUGUUGCGGAGAAGACGGGUUAUGUUAACUGGAAGGUUGAUUUGGCGACUAUUGCGGCUAAGGAUUACUUUAACCAGACUGCCCCUGGUCCCCUGUCGGAUGGUGUUUACUCCAAGUUUACUUCGCAGUGGCCGGCUCCUACUGUGAACGAGCGUUGCUCGGCUGGUCAUGGUAUUCUUGAGACGGUGAAGAAGACUUGGGCUGGUCACAAGGCUACUUAUAACUACACCAGCCCUGUGCCUUACAGUGCUCCCGCUGGUAUUAACGUUGGUGUUAAGUACAGCCGUACUCUGAAAAACGGCAAGAAGGAGAGCGGCAUCACCAACUAA